CAGCACUAAACAUGGCGAAAAGUUAGUUCGGUAAUGGCGGCGAACUUCUAAACUUUUUGUGAUCAAGGAACCGCGAGUCUUCUUGGUUUGGGACUUUUCUGACAACCUCAAAAUGCCAUUUUCUUUGCACAGUCACAGUGGGCAGUUCUGUAAGCAUGCUUUCUGUACUUUAGAAGAGGUCGUACAAAGAGCAAUCGAAGUUGGUUUCACUCACUACGGGCUUUCAGAGCAUAUGCCAAGAUACGAAGCCGAAGAUCUGUACGAUGAAGAAAUUGAGGUGAGUAGUGCUUCGGUCUAGAAUUUAAAUAGCUUUGAAAUGCAAGAAACGUAAAACGAAAAAGGUAUGCUCUUUCGUUUUAUCGAAUUCAAGCUUAUGUAACUUAAGAUUUAGAAAGUUUAUAAUUCCAGAAUGAAACAAAUAAAAAUAGUUUUUCUGUCAGAGUUUACGACAACAAUGCAUUCUAUGACACCAGCUAUAUCAAAGGCCACAUAUUAAUGCUCUACUGCAACCUUUUCCAAACGAACAUUCUCAGGAUUCGAAAAAAUGUUCCCAAAUAGGGGUUUCACGUAGAAGUAACACAUUAAAAAAGUUAUUGGUAAUUGUGAAGAACAAUUGGAAAAACCUGUCAACUAACAUUUGGCAUAUGGUCAGCACGCAGUCGGCCAACAGACGGUCAACAGUUGACCAACAUACAGGCCACAGUUGGCCGACAGUGGACGAUAGACAGCUGAUAGUGGCCGACAGAGCAGGCAGUUGUCCAACAGUCAGCCAACUGUCAGCCCACAGUUUUAAGCUGACCUGUUAGUGCUGUAAUCAGUCUGCCAUAUUGGAAAGGUUAUUUAGACCCCAGUUUCAUGCUCACUGAAGCAACUUGUGUAUGAAUAAAUUAUUGUAUUAUUGUGCAUUAUUAUUAUUAAUUAGGAUGGCGAAGACAGGGUUGAUCAAUUUAAUUGCAAGUAUAAUUACAGACCAAAUUGGAUGACAUGAAGUCCUGUUACCAAUUAAUCAAAACUAUGACUAUGACAAAAUUUGAGAAAGAAACUAGACAUCUAUAAUAUGUUUCCAGUGUGUCAACUAUCCAAUUAAAGUGUCCAAUAACCAAUCGCAUUCAAGAAUUUUGUUGUAAUUUUGAUUAGGGUUGAACUCAGACUCUCUUAGUCAAUUAAUUUUCCUUUUUUCCUUUUGUUUAAUAAGGGACCUGUACACUUUCAAGAAAUAGAUUGAAUUGGGAAAUGGAAUAUUUUGUGGAAAUGGUAAAACUGAAAAUUAUAUAUCAGUAAAAUAAUGGCUCUUGUCAUUUUUAUAGGAAAAUUUGACACCUGCUGAUCUUCAGAAUAUGUUUAAUGACUUUGUUAAGGAAGCCAGGCAUCUUCAAGCAAAGUACAAAGACAAGAUUUGUCUCCUUAUUGGCUUAGAAACUGAGGUUAUCAGAGAAGACAGUUUUGAUCAGAUAAGAGCACUGAAAAAACAACAUGAAUUGGACUAUAUUGUCGGAUCAGUUCAUCAUGUGGAUGGAAUUCCCAUAGAUUUCAGCAAUGAACUGUUUGAUAAAGCAGUGGAACAGGCAGGUGGAACAGAAGAAGUAAUGUGUCAAUACUUUGAUCAUCAGUAUCAGCUAAUAAAGGAGUUAAAACCUGAAGUUAUUGGCCACUUUGAUGUCAUCAGGAAAUAUCGACCUGACAUUGAAUUUACAGAUGUCCUAUGGGAAAAGAUUGUUAGGAAUGUAAGAGCAGGGAUGUCUUAUGGAGCUUUGUUUGAGAUAAAUUGCAGCGGUGCAUCACCAACAAAGAAACUUAAAUGUCCAUACCCACAUCCAAGGAUUAUUGAGGUGAGACAAAUGAAGUGAAACAGAAAUUUCAUCCUGCAUCCUUAACCCUGUAACUCACAUUCGUAACCAUGACAUAAUUUCUCCUUACAAUAUCAAUACCAUAUCAAGCAGAUGAGUGAUGAGAAUAAAGAAAACAGCCUUUUACUUUUUUGAUCAAAUAAAAAGCUGCGCCUCAUUUGCCACUUGUUUUCCUCUCCACAUUAUCAGGUCAAGGCUGCUAUCUUGAUCUAGCACCAAGUUCUCAUAACUAAUUUGCAAGAGGGGAGAAUUAACAAUCAUAUGUUGGGAGUUAAAGGUUUAAAUGCAAUAUGCCCCACUGGCAAUGGAUAUAAAAUGUAUUUUAAAAAAAAUGGAAACUUGGUGUGCAAAAAAACCUGAUAAUCCAAUUUUGAGUGAAAAAGAAAUAAUUUAGAGUGUCUACUUAUCACCUUCUUUGUCUGGCUAUUGUUACAAGUGCAUUCCCUGACUGCUUUUGCCAGCAGUUUUUCCUUGUAUAGCACACAUUUUCGAAUGGAAUAUGGUGUUGUGUCAUGCAUGUGAAAGCCAUUUGCUCUGAAGAAGGCUAGUGAAUGUGGGGCAGAAGUAUGGGUGUAGGAUCAAAACAUUAUUUUGCUCUUUAUUUAUACUUACUCUCCAUGAAAUUGGAAAGAGAAAUCAUAGAAUUAUGGAAAUGAGUUAAUAUGUGGUUCAAUUAGGAAUUAUUCCUGUUCACCGCACUUAAUUUACAAUGGUAACACCACUUGCAGUACCAAUUCCACUUGCAAUACAAAAAUUAUCUAUAACAAUAAGCUGAUAACUACUGUAAUAUACUAACUUUUGAUAAAAGACUAAUCUUGACUCACAAGACUUUAUAACCUUCUUACAAUGCUUUCAAAUUACUCUUACUUAAAUGUACUGUUAAAUAAUAAUAUACAUUUUUAAUAUUUUUACAUAAUCUUCAAUAAACAAUGCCUGUGAAAAACCUCUAACAACAUAAGGACGCAAAACUUUACAUACACUACUUGCCUUUCAAUUCUUGCAGCUGCCCUCUGAUGGAUGAUUAAACACACGUUAAUGUUGCAAACUAGCUUUUUUCUAUUUGUUCUCUGCUUGUAUUGCGACUUAUGUUAACUGUUAAGAACAGCUCCCCUCUACUGAAUGUGGGCUAAUUGUCAGCUGACAGAUAACUGACAGGCCGCCAACAUAACAAACAGCUUACCAACAGCUUACUUGUUGCCAUUUCUCCUAUUUUUUUGACCAGCCACUGCCUCCAAAAGACCCCUUAAAGCAAUCUUCCUCUUUUUCCCGUAGCUUUUAGUGGCAUCUGGGGCUAAAUUGACUCUGUCAGAUGAUUCACAUGGAACAGGAGAUGUUGGUUUCUGGUACAAAAACUUGCCCCAGCACUUAGCAACUUACAGGGUCAGUGAACUUUACUAUCUGGACAGAGCACAGGUGACCAAUGACUCAGCAGGACAAGAAAAAAGAGUUGUGUCUAAAAAGUUAACAGACUGUUGGGAGCAUCCAUUUUGGGAAAAAUGUGCAGAAACUGUAAAAUAUGACAAAUGACAAUUUGUAUUUUGUUAUAUAAUUUAAUGUAAUCUUUAUCUUAUUUUUUUCUUGGGGAGAGGGGGGGAGGAAAGGUUUAAGAGUUAAACUCAGUGAAGACAUAGUGCGCUUAUUCUACUUAAAAAAAUGAUUCCAUGUUGUGGUGCAACAGUUUAGUAACAGGUCACAGAUGAGGUCAAAGCCUUGUGUAAUGAGGGCUGUUUGUGCAUUUGUGUAUUUAUGUGAGUCACCCUCAAAAUUUUAAUGACAACGUGCCUCAUGGAGCUUUAUUUAUUGUUAUCGUUUACUAAAUAUCCCCAAGCUCAAAGCAAUAUUUAAGCCCAAAAAGGGAGCAUGUUUCAUUUAUGUGGAAUUUAAGAUAUAAGUCAGCAGUUGUUUCUUUGCAUUUUAAUUCUAUUUUCAUUUUGGUUUAGUCAUACAUCAUUAAAAAUGUUCAACAAAAAUCUAUUGUUAUGAAUUUUUUGCUCUUAAACAAAACUAGUUUUAAAGUUA